UCGACUCCACCGAAAUUCGACACUAAUUAAUAGGUUCAGCUUGGUUCUUCUAUCGAACUAAGUAAUUUUUUUGUUAUACACCUUGUGACUGCAGUGGAAACAUUUUGCAUUGCUUCUAUCAUUACACUAGUUUUUCGACUCUGUGUGUUAUUACUGCAAGCACUCACUGUAUCACCAUUCGAGAAAUGGACGGAAUGUUUUCUAACCCCAAAUUAAGAAGCUUUGUCAACCGCAACUUGGUAGCCAUUGUAAUGAUACCUAGUUUGAUAGGUAUCCAUUGGGGAUGGCUUAGGCUUCAAUCUGUGGAGGAAUUUGUUCCAAAGGAAGAGAGAAAAGAUCUUCCGAUCAUAAGGAUGUACCACAAGUUGAAAGAUGAAGCUGUGCAACGAUGGUUUGCAGAAGAAACACGUGACAAACCAACACAAGAGUAAUGCCUUUCUGAAAGUAAAGAACAAAUUUUCAGAAGCAGUAGCGGAACUUAUUUUGUGUAGUUACUGUAUAUAAAUGUAUUGUACAUAAUUUUCUUAAAAAGGCUUCAUUUCUGAGUAAGAAUAUAUAAAUACUAUAAAUAUUAAAGGUAUUUCAUAGAAAUAAAUAACAAAAAUUUUUAAAA